GGCAGCCCAACUUGCACCAGCUGGGUACACCCGCAUGUUUACACUGUUUACAGACAGAGUGGCUGUGGCUGGCUGAGCAGUAAACUGCGUGCGACUGCCGUGCAGAAUAAGCGCAGAUUUCAACUAAUUGCCACUGCAGUGUAUUGAUUCUUCAAUUAAGACGUUGUAAUGGUAUUCUUCACUUGUAAUAUUUGUGGGGAAUCUUUAAAGAAAAAGGAUGUGGAAAAGCAUUGUAAUACACGUUGCAGGGGAGGCCCCUUUCUUACUUGUGUUGACUGCUUAAAAGACUUCCGGGAAGACUUUGUGAAACACACAGUCUGUGUGACAGAAGAUGACCGAUACAGUGCUAAUGGUUUGAAGGGUAUUCAAUCAAAACAAAAAAGUAAGCAGCAACAAUGGGUUGAGGUUGUACAAGAAACUGUUAGUAAAACUAUUGACGAUGGUGUCUCGGGACUAACACCUAGUAUCCGCAGCCUGUUGUUGUGGUUGCAAGAUCAACCAACUUUACCAGACAAGGCUAAACCCUUUACAAACUUCAUCAAAAAUGCAAGGAGAUCAGAACCUCUACAAAAUAUUGAAUUUGUUUGGAAAAUUCUUGAGGAAGCUCGUAAAGAUUUCCAAGCUAAGCUAACAGCGGAGAGAGAAGCGGCUGAGGCUGAGAAACGUAAGGCCAAACAACUAAAGCUUCAGCAGAAACAAGAAAGUUCAGAUAGCAGUGACUCUGAUUCAAGUACUGAUGAAACGGAUCUCAAGCCCAAGAGAAAUGGGAAAAAAGAAAAAUCAUCUGAGCCGCAAACGAGCCAUCCCAAGGAGGAGAGCAAGAAAGAUAAGAAGAAGAAAAGAAUGGUGUCUGAAAGUGAAUCUGUUGUGAAUGGGACGUCAGAACUCAGGAAAACCAAAAAAAGCAAGAAAAACCCAGAAGGUGAUAUGGAGCUGGAGAAUACCUCAAAUUUGAACAAUGCUAUGGAUGCGUGUCAUCUAACAACACAAGACACAAUAGAGGAGGAAAAGAAACUUAGUAAGAAAGAAAAGAAAGAGAAAAAGAAGAGGGAAAAGUAUGAAGCUGAGAUGAAGUCAAUGGAAUCGGCUGAAACAGCUGAAGUUGAUGCCAAUGAUGAGGAGGAACAGGAACCCUCUGCAGCCGAUAUUGAUGAAAAACCUGAAGGUAAAAAAGGUAAGAAGAAAAAGAACAAGAAGAAAAAUGAAAAUGCUAAUGAAGAUGUAGUGGAGCAGCCAACAGAAGAAAAGGAAAAGAAAAAGAAAAAGAAGAACAAACAUGAAGCUGAGGAACCAAUGGACACUUCUGAGAAGUCUGGCAAAAAGAGUAAAACUGGCUUGUUGGACAAUGGUAAACUUAAUGAAACUCUGAAUAUGGAGGAUUUAGAGAGGACUAAAUUUUCUUGGGACCAAACAAUCCUUCAAGUUUUAGAAGCACAAUCUGACAAGGAAAUUUCAUUCAAAAAGCUAAGUAAAAAGGUUUGUAACGAAUACGUAUAUUCCUUAGGAGACAGUUGCUAUGAGGAUGAAAAUCAGAUAAUGACAAAGUUCCAAAAGAAACUCCAUAAAAUGCACAAUGUAUUAGUGCUUAAAGACAGAGUAAAACUCAAGACUUCAAGAGACUGAAAUUCUCUGAUCUCUGAAUGAUAAAUUUUGAUGGUAAUGUGACCGGACUGUUUAAACAUUAUGCAAUUAAACAAAUGUAGUAGUCAACAUCAUUCCUAUGGAGUAAACUUUUUUCAUGGUAAAUCUAAAUGCUCUUACUUGUUUUCCAAAUCUUCUUGGUUUGUUGACUACAGUUUUCCAUGCAUUUAAAUUAUUGAUGUGUUAAAAUUAUCUCUUUCAAUUUGCCAGUUUGAAUUUGAACCGUGAACUGUUACCCCUGUACAGCUUGGUUCUUUUGCACUUAGGUAUGAUUGACGAUACUCAUGUAUCUUUAAAGUUGUUAUUAAAUCUUUUGUGAUACUCA